GGUCAACAAUGUGGACAUGUUCAGAGCCCGCCAUGAAAAGGCAGCCAACGUCUUGAAGGCAGCUGAUGAUGUUGUUGACCUGGUGCUUGCUUAUAACCCGGAGGAAUACAACAGAUUUGAAGCGAAGGUCUACGAGUUGAGACAGCAGUUGAUCCGAUCCACCAGUCGGCUGACACUGAGGACUACCAAGAAGAAGACGCUGUUUGUCAGAGCCCUCUUCGAUUAUGACCCCUCGAAGGACAAGGACCUGCCGGCUCGGGGACUGGCCUUCUGUUACGGGGACAUCCUGCACGUAACGAACGCCAGCGAUGAUGAGUGGUGGCAGGCCCGGAGGAUCGUGCCUGGCUCCGACGACGGUCUCGGCAUCAUCCCAAGCAAGAACAGGAUCGAAAGAAAGGAGAAGACGCGGCUGAAGAAUGUGAAGUUCCUAUCAAGAGAAGCUGACGGGAAAGGGUCUUUGGAAAGGAAGAAGAAGUCGUUAUUUGGUCGGAGGCUGUCCUUGACAAGGAGUAGUGAGAAGAGUAAGAGUCUCGAUGGUUUGUCGCAAGAACCAGUAUCCAAUCUGGAGGAGCCCAUUCUGACGUACGAAGUCGUCGUCCAGCAAGAAUUGCAGUACGUAAGACCCCUGGUGUUGGUUGGUUUGUUGAAGGAGGCCAUCAGCGGCGACCUCAUACUCGAGUACCCUGACCUCUUCGCUAACUGCUUGCCUCACACGACGCGACCGAAACGCGACUACGAGGUAGACGGGCAGGACUAUCACUUCGUAGCCUCGAGACAGCAGAUGGAGGAGGAUAUUGAGAGGGGACUUUUCAUAGAGGCCGGUCAGUACAAUGGAAAUCUGUACGGCACCAGUCUGGCCUCUAUAUUGAGAGUGGCGUCUGAGGACAAGCACUGCAUUCUGGAUGUGAGUCCCAACGCCAUAAAGAGGCUGCAGAUGAAUGGAUUGUAUCCCAUCACGAUCCUCGUCAAGCCUGCAACCAUCAGUACCAUCCAGGCGUGGAAUCGUCGCCUGAACGAGGGUGAAGCUCGCAAAGUCUACGAGAACAAUUUGAAGCUGGAGCAAUCCUAUGCCGACUACCUUACUGCAAUAGUGAUUGGAGACCAGGCAGAAGAGGUAUACGCCAGUGUGAAAGAUGUCAUCUGGAACCAAUCCAGCUCCUACAUCUGGGUUCCUGCUGAUCCGUUCUCCUGAACCUGAGGGAACGGCACUGUGCUUGUCUGGACUUGUUUGGAUCUAUCCGAGCGUGGUGCAGCAGUAGCAGACGCCUCAACCACUACAUCUCGGCGCAUUCCGUUCCUGUCAAAAAACAGGCUUUAAAAUAAACUUGUAUAAACGGUAAAUAAGAUACUUAAUGAAAUCGGAUUAAGCAUAAUUUUUUUAAAAAUCUCUAUGUAUUUGAAGAGUCUUUCCUUGUUUCUUAUGGUCAAUUUUUUAGUGUGAUCGAAGAUUUUAAUGUAGUUAAACUUUGUUUGGUUGGUUCAUGACAUUUCAAUGUUCAUAAUUUCAACCUGUUCAUCUCGUUUCGAUUCUAUCACAUUUCUUUGAUGAAGCUAAUACGAAAAUUGUAUGUGUCAUUUAUUUUAAUCAUUUAAUUAUUAGUUAAUUAACUAAUCGAUUACAUAAUUGAUUGGGUUGUACGUGCAUAAUGUUUUAAUUGGUUCAUUGUUGCAUAUAUGUUUACGUUAUCUGUUCUUAUUUGUUUGUUUAGUUCACGGCACACUAUACUGAGAGUUGAAUGUAAAGACAAGUUUGCUUUACAUGUGGUAUAUAGAAGGGUCAACUGAUAACUGUUUGAAUGAUGACUGUUAAUUUUAUUUAUAUAAGAAGUAAUAUAUGUGUUUGUGCAUGUGUAUGUACGUGUGCGUGUGUGUGUAUGUAUGUGUGUUUGUUUAUAUAUUGUAUGUAUGUUUGUAAUGUAUGUAUUUAUGUAAAGACAUGAUAUAUCAGCAGUUUUUUCUGAGAUGGAUUCAAGAGUAACUUUACUUCUAAUGUUGAAGUUUUUUGAUUAGUGAGAAUCAGUUCAAAUCCGCGGUUCAUUUGUUUGGGGAGUUAAUCACUGUAGUUUUGUAUAUGCCUGUUCAUUCUUAAAGUGUCGUCACAUGCUGACUCAUCAACGUGUUUCGCUAAUGUUGUUUUCGCUACGUACAUAAAACUUUUAACAUAUGUGUGUGUGUGUGUGUGUGUUGAUGUAUUUCCGUAUGUUAAUUAGUUGUUUAUAUUGUAUGGUAUCUCUUAGCUUUAGUUGUCAAUUGACAUUUGAAAUUUAAGUUUUGGUGCAUGCAUACGACAUUUUAAAUUUUUUAAGAGACUAAUCUAUUUCAUGUAAACGACCAGAUGUUGCUGCUGUUAAAAUACUUUGGGGUUUUAUUCCGCAAUAAACGCUACUCGUUGAUAUGUCACUUUAAAUUUUCAACCCGUUUCCUUUUUAUUUUUCGAUUAUACAUUUACUUUAACUAAAUAACAAAUUCAUUGGUUGUAAUUUUAGAAUAUUUUUAUAGACAAAUAUUACAUGACCAAAUUCUUUCGGCGUGUGUGUUAGUUUGUGUGUGUACGUGCAUUUACAAUGUUUCAAUAUUUAACUAAUUAAUAAUGAUUAUGUCGUGACGUAUUUAAUAAAUAGUCAGGCGAUCACGUUUCUACUACAUUACUUAACCAUUUAAUCGCUAAAUACACACACACACACACACACACAAGAACAUACACACACACACACAUAUGUAUAUAUUUAUAUAUGUAUAGUCGUUUGUUUUGGCGCGAAUUUCAUCCUGCAUUUAUAUAUUUCAAUUAUCAUACAUAUACAUUAAUUUAAAAAGUUCAGUUGUUAA